AUGUGUAGGUCACUGCGUUACUGUGUUAGUCAUUGUCUCUAUGCAGCAAUGACAAGGCUGGAGGAAGCAAACAGAGAAGUGAACAUGCACUCAUCAGUCAGAUACCUUGGCUAUCUCGCCAGAAUCAACCUGCUGGUUGCCGUUUGCAUGGGUCUUUAUGUCAGAUGGGAAAAAACUGCAGAUACACUGAUUCUGGUAAUAUUUAUCCUUGGGCUUUUUGUUCUUGGAAUUGCCAGCAUACUGUACUACUAUUUUUCGAUGGAAGCAGCAAGUUUGAGUCUCUCCAAUCUUUGGUUUGGUUUUUUGCUUGGCCUUCUCUGUUUUCUUAAUAAUUCUGCCUUCAAAACAGAUGUGAAAGAAGAAGCUACUAAAUACUUGCUCCUCUCUGCCAUUGUUUUAAGGAUAUUAUGUGCUUUGGUUGAAAGGAUUUGUGGUUGUAUCCAUCAUCGACCAACUCUGCUGACAACAGUUGAAUUUUUGGAGCUAGUUGGGUUUGCGAUUGCCAGCACAACUAUGCUCGUAGAAAAAUCUGUCAGUAUUAUUCUUUUGGUUGUGGCUUUGGCCAUGUUGAUUAUUGACUUACGUAUGAAGUCUUUUUUGGCAAUUCCGAAUUUGGCAAUUUUUGGAGCCAUUGCAUCCUUGCUGUUUUUUCCAUCACUGAAAAUCCCCACAAACCCAUUUGCCUUGGCGUGUUUCUUCAGCUGCCUGAUUUCAGAUCCCCUUCUCGACGUUUACUUCAGUGGACUUUCAGUUACUGAACGAUGGAAGCCCUACUUAUACCGCGGUAAAAUCUGCAGAAGGCUUUCUGUCAUCUCAGUUGGAGUCAUUGAACUGAUCUUUUUCGUUCUCGCAGCCUUUAAGCUACGCGAUUUGGAUCUCUGGUAUUUUGUGAUACCUGGUUUUUCUAUUUUUGGAAUUUUCUGGAUGAUUUGUCAUGUGAUUUUUUUUAUAACUCUUUGGGGAUUUCAUACAAAACUCAAUGACUGUCACAAGGUAUACUACACCCACCGUGCAGAAAACAACAGCCUUGACAGAGUUAUGGCAUCUAAAGGAAUGCGUCACUUCUGUUUAAUUUCAGAACAGCUGGUAUUUUUCAGCCUUGUCGCGACUGCUGUUUUGGGGGCUGUUUCUUGGCAGGUAAAUAAGAAUCUCUUUAUCUUGACCUUCCUCAUGAGAAUGAUCCUGAGAGUUGUUGGUUUCUUAAAAUUCUUUUGA